GAAUCGCCUUCCCCACCAGUAUCUCCGUCAAUAACUGCGUCUGUCACUUCUCCCCGCUCAAGAGCGACCAGGAUUACAUCCUGAAAAACGGGGAUCUGGUCAAAAUUGACCUGGGCGUGCACGUGGACGGGUUCAUCGCCAACGUGGCACACACCUUCGUGCUCGGCGCCUCCAAGGUGGGUUUGUCAUCGGGGGGUGUCUGCUGGCACCUCUGGGUGCCAGGGGAGCCACCUGG